AAAAGUCAUGAUUUAGUAGGUUUUUGGCUAGGCAGUUCCUCAUAAAAUUCACAUGAUAUUUAUGUGUUUAUUCUGUUGUCUGCUAUUACUGCUGCCAAACUGCAGUUUGUCUACUGAAGGAAGAGGUACAAUAUCGUCUUCCAGGAUGGGACUCAUGCGAACAAAAGAGUACAUAAUUCUACUUUUUGUCCUAAUUUUGGUUCAAGGUUUUAAAAGCUCAAAGACACAAUGUCACAACUGCAGCAAGCAACAUUUUUGUAACUGUUCCUCAAAUCAUCUACAACGUGUCCCAGAUGUUCCUGUAAAUGUCAUGGGCCUAGACCUGUCUUUCAAUCAAAUCGAGUCGAUCUACAUGACGGAUCUCGGCUGGUAUACUGAGCUGAAGUUCCUAAAGUUAAAUAAAAACGAGCUCACGUUUAUUCACGAGGAGGCAUUCAAGUCUCAAAAGAAGUUGGAAGUUCUUGAUCUAUCUUUAAACAAGCUAGAAAAUCUAUCUUCAUGUUGGUUCCAAGAGCUAAAAUCUCUUCAACAACUGAAUGUUUUAGGAAAUCCAUACUCCACCUUGGGACCUGCACCUCUCUUUCGGUUUCUGGUAAACCUCAGGACACUGCAGUUUGGAAGUCCUUCACUAAGAAAAGUGUACAAGAAUGGCUUGGAUGAGCUCACUCGUCUGGAUGAGAUGACAGUUGUUGGAAGUAACCUGAUGUCAUAUGAGAACGGGAGCUUAAAAGCAGCCCGACCCGUUGCUUUAGUGUCCUUGAGCCUUCAAGAUCUAUUCCAGAAGGACCCAGAACUUGUUUCUAAAAUUCUUCGAGAUGUCUCCCAUUCUGAAACUGUCAUGAUUGUCAGAGAUAUCGCUCUCAUGACCAACAUUUCAGCCAGGCCCUUCAAAGAGAUCAAAGAUGGAGGGACUACAAGUUUGACAUUUCUGAAUUCCACCGCAACAGAUGAAGCUAUCACCUCUUUGUUGUUAAAUCUAGAUGGCUCCGCUUUGUCUUACCUUGGUCUUGAAGAUGCCCAUCUAAUUGGUCAGGGAUUUUGGCAAGAAGCUACAUUCACGCAUUACGAAAACUUGCGUACGGUUUACGUACGUAAUCUUGACAUCCAAGGGUUUUUUCGGUUUAGCAGCAUGAUGCAAUUGGCAUUUCUCCUACAGAAUUUUCACAAAGUAUCCACGAUUAACACCACAGUUUUCGUGAUUCCUCGAUUUACCACUUCAGAGAUGAAACAAAUUGAAUACCUGGACCUUAGCCAAAAUCUCCUGACAGACCUGACAAUUGAAGAAACUUUGUAUACUGGCAAUGGUCAAUUGCAAAACCUCAGCACACUCAACAUAAGCCAGAACUCUUUAAAAUCUUUCGGGCUUUUGUCUCGUCUCGUGGCUAACCUUACGAAACUUAUCAAUUUAGACGCAAGUCAUAACAGUUUCAUUUCUAUGCCAGAGAAAUGCAGUUGGCCGACAACUCUCAGGUUUCUGAAUCUUUCAAGUACAAAGCUUUUCAGGUUGACCCCUUGCCUGCCUUCAAGCCUAACAGUCCUGGAUCUGAGUGAAAAUGAUCUUAAAUCGUUCCACCAAAGAUUUCCUAAACUUACUACACUUAUACUGACGGGGAACAGAUUUCUGAGUCUACCACAGGGGGGAUUUUUUCCAAACCUAGAGACGUUGCUUAUACAAAGAAACGCUUUGCGGAUGUUUAACGGGAAAGCUCUUAGUAGAUUUAAAAACCUGCGUUACUUGGAGGCGGGUGACAACAAUUUUCUGUGCUCUUGCGAGUUUGUGUCUUUCUUUAAAUACAAUGUUAAAGAUCUAGUCACCUUAAGGGACGGUCGUCAAAAUUAUGUAUGCGACACUCCGUUCUCUAUCAGGGGUGAUACUCUUGACAGUGUACGAUUGUCAGUCUUCGAAUGUUACAUGAUUCCAGCUGUCUCAAUCCUUUGUGCUGGGAUUAUUUUAGUCCUCCUGAUAAUUGCUGUAAUCUGUCAUAAAUUUCACGUUAUUUGGUACCUGCAAAUGACUAAAGCAUGGAUUAAAGCAAAACAAAAGCCAGCUGUUGGUCGGUUGGCUGGAGAACUUCGCUACGAUGCUUUCGUAUCCUACAGUCAACAUGAUGCAGAGUGGGUGGAGGAGAUCCUAGUGCCGAAUCUAGAGAACGCUCAACACUCAUUUUCUCUAUGUCUGCACAAACGUGACUUCCGGCCGGGCCGCUGGAUCGUGGACAACAUCAUUGACUCGAUCGAGAAGAGCCAUAGGACUUUGUUUGUUCUGUCCGAGCACUUUGUGACAAGCGAAUGGUGCCGCUACGAACUGGACUUUUCGCAUUUUCGCAUAGUUGACGAAAGCAACGAUUCUGCGGUACUGAUACUGCUGGAGCCGAUCGAGAAAGAGUCGAUUCCCAAGCGUUUCUGCAAACUGAGGAAGAUUAUGAACUCCAGAACGUAUCUAGAGUGGCCUGAGGAUGAAGACAAGAGAUCAGAGUUCUGGAGCAAUCUGAGAGCUGCACUAAGUAGAGAUGAAUGUUACAGUCCCUGACUGUAAAGUCAGAUAUUAAAUUUGUUCGGAGUUUUUCACACCACAGAAAAAACGUGUUAUUAACCACCUGACCAAAUUUGAAUGAUGGAAAAAACGGCUAGUAAAAACAAUAUUGUCUUUAAAAAAAAGACAGGAUUCUCUGCUCUAAAGCGGUGGGGGCAUGUCCGUUGUCUGCGGUGAAACCACGCCCACUCCCAGGAAAGCUGCCAUCUCUCUCAACUUUCGAAUACCACUGAAUGCAUGCUCGUAAUUGUGUUAAGGCGGUCGCACACCAGACGCGCAGCUCAGCGUCGCACAGCGCCGCACCGUUCUAAAAAAAUCUAACACAUUGUUUUCUAUGAGUAUAUGCACACCGGCGCCGACAGGUGCCGCCUGUCCGCAGUGCCCAGCUUUGACUCAGGAAGUUGCUCAAAUCCCUGUCAUGCCACAGAACGCCACCUAGUAGUAGUUUAACAUUAAAUAACAUCAUAUUUGUCCCAAAUCAUUAACGAUUAACAAUGGCUGCUAACGUAUAUUUUGCAUUUUGAAGUAGACGCUAUCUGAUUAAGAUUGGGCUAUUUAAUGUGCACUUCCGGUGUACGAUACCCCCGAGUUGUGCUAGACGCGACUCGAUGCGGCACUACGCGACCCUGAGCUGCGCGUCCGGUGUGCGACCCCCUUUAGGGAUGAGGCCAUGCAUGGUGGCUCAAGUCAGUCUUUUUAAAAAAUAUCACCCAUUUUUUAUACAUCAUUAACACCGUGCAUACACAAGAAAUAUUAUUUAGGUAAAUCUACAACAAUUAAAUUAUUUGAUCACAUUAGACUUAGCAGUAUCACAUGCAUCUUAAAACAAUGCUUUAACAGCCAAAGAAAACUUAAAAUUAAAACACAAGAGUCAAGGGCCCAAAAAAACAAACACUGAUCACCAUAAUGUGGUUUGUUGAAAUUUCAAUCUUUUUUUCAAUAUUAAUGUAGGGUGAUAGUGAUUAAAUGGGAUGAACAUUGACAAAUCAACAAUGUUUAACAUUGUUUCAAUGGUUGCUUGCUAUCUGGGUUAAAGUUUUUGGUAUUUUUCUAUAGAAAUCUGACUCGCCUAUUUCUCCUUAUACAGUCUCCAUUUUUUGUUUCACUCAUGGAAAAAACCUUUUUGUGGUUUUGUGGAUGUUAAAGAUCUUUAUGCAACCAUACAGCUAGACAAAGGACCUUUUCACAAACCUUAAUUUGAUAUGACUAAGAGGAUUAUGUGUGAAAGUGGGCUUUACUGAUAGGAACCAAUCAGGUAGAAGGAUCCCCAGUGUAUGAACCAAUCAGAAGCAGGAGAGUCAGUCAAAUUUCAGUAUGACACUGGUUUAGGCUGAAGUGGAAUGCUUUUUGAAGAAACACAGGCCAUGUAUUUCCUAACUAAAUGGAAAAUUAUUAGAAAUUAACUUUAUAUUGAAUUCACGGUACUUUGUUGUAUUGAUUAACAUGUCUAAUAAACUAGUUGUACUACUAAAACCACUGGGAUUGUGUAGAUGCUUUAAGGUAAACACAACAAAUAUUGACAUUCCAGACCACACGUUACUGUCAGAUUGUGUGUAUUGGCGUGAGACCAAACAAUCGGCCAUCCCAUUUAAUUACAUCGCACUAUUAAAAUGAUUUGUGAAUAGAAUGCUUUUAAAGUUUUGUGUGAUUUGGGAAUAAGAUUCAAUAACAUUUAUUUUUUGAAAAUUAAUUUGUGAUCAAGUAUAAAAAUAUUAAAGGUCUCAUCUACUUUUAAAGUUCAAUUAAAGAUGAUUUCUGUUGUGUACUUCACAAUUUUGAAUUAAAGGCAAAGCAGCUUAUCAUUAUACAUUUUAGUCAAGACUAAAUAUGAAAAAAUACUGGUAUUAUUGCAAUUUUGCAUCUGUUUUUAAACCUAUAAGUUUUACAAAAAAACUUCCAUAUUUGUUUAUUCUCCAGAUAUGACACGAGAGGGAGAACUUUUGUGAUAACAGUAAGCCUAUUUUUUUGGCUUUGGCGCCAUCUAUUGGAUAUUUUUGUAUUUCUAUUUUAAAUGUGGGUUUUAUUUUCCCUACAGAGAAACUGUGAUAAAAAAUUUCACUUUAAGUAAAAUCUAUUCACAAGUUAAAUAUAAUGUAUAUAUUUUUUGCUGUGAAUUAUAUAUUGUAUAUAUACAAUAUAUUGUAUAUUGUUUUUCUGUA